AUGAGAGUACACUACACAAAUGCUUUGUUAGAACUAGAGAAAACUGCUAUAAUGAAGUUGGAGAAAUGGCAUAAUAUGGAAGAGAAUGUGCUCAAGCAUAAGUCAAGAGCUCAGUGGGUGCGUGCCAAGCUAACAGAUGAUAAAGAUAUAAAACAAGAGAUAGUGGCAUUCUACAAGAGUUUGAUGGGUUCAUCUAAUCCAUCUGUGCUAGCAGUGAAUAGAAUAGUAAUGAGGAAGGGGCCAGUUCUAACUCAACAACAAAGACUUGCUAUAUGUAUGGAGGUGACUGAUGAGGAAAUUUAUAAGGGAAUGUGUUCAGCAGGUGAUGACAAAGCCCCGGGGGUUGAUGGAUAUAAUGCUGUCUUUUAUAAGAAACCUUGGCCACUUCUCAUGAAUAACAUCACAAGAGCUAUUAAAGAAUAUUUCCUUCAUGAAAAUAUGUUCAAGGCUUUCAACUUUACAUCCAUUACUUCGGUUCCUAGCAAACCCCUUAACAGUAAAAGAAUGAUCUCCUCCUCUUUGCUAGAGGAGAUCUGCCUUCAAAGGCAAGCAUUAUUCCAAUAUUUUCAAAUUUCCUUAGUUGCUUCUGGUUUGCAAGCAAAUCUGGACAAAAGUAGUGUGUAUUUUGGUGGAGUUCAAGACCCUGAACAAGUAUUGAUCAAGCAACAUCUUGGAUUUAACAUUGGGGAGUUGCCUUUCAAGUAUUUAGGGACUCCCCUUUCUACUAAGAAGCUAAUAUUUGUUCAAUGGAUUCCUCUGAUUGAGAAGAUAGUGGCAAAAAUCACUUCAUGGACUGCUAAAAAGUUAUCUUAUGCAGGAAGAACUCAGUUGGUGCAAUCAGUGCUAUUUGGUGUCCAGGCUUACUGGUCUCAGAUUUUUGUCUUACCAGUUAAUGUAUUGAAAGCUAUAGAUGGAUAUUGCAAAUCCUAUAUCUGGUCAGGUACUAACACUAUUACUAAGAAGGCACUAGUAGCUUGGGAAAGAGUUUGUCUACCAAUUUUAGUAGGAGGACUUAAUUUGAUCAACAAACAAUUGUGGAACAAAGCAGCAAUUGUUAAAAUAUGUUGGGACCUAGCAAUCAAACAAGACAAACUAUGA